AUGAAGAUAUACAUAAAUUCAAAUAGAGGGGAUAUCAUUCAACUUAAUAAUACAGAAGAGAAAAGUUCAAUUUUUAAUUUAAAGAAAUCCAUUGAAAAAGCUUUGGGAGUUCCUACCGAAGAUCAAAAACUUUUCUUCUUUAGUGAAGCUUUAGAAAACGAUAAAGAACUUUCGGAUUAUAAAAUUUGUACCGAAUCAACUCUUCAUUUAAAAUUUAUAGUACAAAACAAUAUCCAAGUGAAUGUGGAAAUUAAUAAUUAUACUCCACCCAUUCGUAAAAAUUUAAAAUUUGAUGUUAAACCAACGAACACAAUUUAUGAAUUGAAACAAAAAAUUCCUUGUAAAGCAUUAUUUACAAGAUUAUUUUUUUUCGGUGAACAAUUACGAGAUGAUCGAACAUUAGAAAGUUAUAAGAUUUGUGAUGAAUCUACUCUAUGUUGUACUAUUUUUGAUGAUCAAACUUUUGCAUUCAGUAGUAAUUCUUUCUUUAUUUUCGUGAAAACUUCCACCUCCGAAUUAUUAAAUGUUAAAAUCUUUUCCGAUAAUACGAUCGCUGAAAUUAAAGAAAUAUUACAUCGAGAAGAAGGAUUUCCUAAAGAUAAUCAAAUACUUUGUUAUAAUCAAUUCGAACUUGAUGAUGAAAAAACUAUUAGCGACUAUUACAUUUAUCCAAAUUGUACUAUUAAUCUUACGCACAAAAAAUUAUAUUAA